AUGAUUUCAGUUUCCCUGUGCACGGACGCCGCUGAUCGCCUUGUUAUCUACCGGCGUCAUUUCGAAAAGGCCUACAUGGACUCUACUGAGGAGUUUUACCGAACUCGUGCGGCGAAGUUUCUUCACGAAAACGGCGUGAUUAUGUACAUGCGCUACGCAGAGCAGAAACUGAGUGAAGAGGAGCAACGCGGCAUCCGCUAUUUAGAAAUAGGGCCGCACAGCAACUCGUUGCAGAUGCUGAUGGACAGAUGCGUCAGUGUUUUGGUGACCGCCUUUCAGGAACAAAUCUUAGCCGAGUGCCCAUCGUUGAUCAAAGGAAACGAAAUCGACAAGCUUCGGUUGAUGUACCGUCUCUUAAACAGAACGCCAGAUGGCCUUGACCCAAUUUUGACAGAUUUGGAAAUACACAUUAAAAACCAAGGACUGGCGGAUAUGGACCCAGAGCGGUAUGUUGAACAGCUACUUGGAAUGUUUCGUCGUUUCAGUGCGUUGGUUCACGAAGCUUUUCUUGAUGAUCCCCGGUUUCUUACCGCUAGGGACAAAGCAUUUCAAGAAAUCGUUAAUGACACUUCUGUGUUCAAAAUUGAACUUCCACCUGCUCAGCAGCGAAGUCAUUCCUCCAAGAUUUUGCCUGAAUCGAAAUGUCCUGAACUUCUCGCCAACUACUGCGAUCUGUUACUGAGGAAGACUCAGAUUUCGCGGAAGCUGACCUCUGACGAGAUUGACGCCAAACUGGCUGACGUCAUUUUAGUUUUGAAGUACGUUCAGAACAAAGACGUAUUCAUGCGUUUUCACAAAGCGCACAUGGCCCGUCGACUGAUCUUGGACGUUUCGACGGAUCAAGAGAAGGAGGAAAGCAUGGUCAACCGCCUUCGCGAAGCAGGCAUGCCCGCUGAUUAUAUCAACAAGCUGUACCGUAUGCUGCAGGACACGGAGAUCAAUAAAGACCUGAACAAGUCUUUCAAAUCCAUGUACUCGUUUAGCAACAACAACAGGAAUUCGAUAUCAGAUAUGGUGAAUAUAAAAAUUUUGAAUGCGGGAGCAUGGGCGCGCACGAUAGAGCGGCUUCCCGUAACGUUACCUCGAGAGCUGGAGGACUUCAUUCCAGAAGUCGAAGAAUUUUAUCGGUCUCAGCAUUCUGGCCGUCGUUUGCAGUGGCUGCACCAUUGGUCGAACGGCGUUAUUUCAUUCAACAAUCGACGAGGCCAUUUCGAACUGGAAGUGACCACGUUUCAGAUGGCCGUUUUGUUUUGUUGGAAUGACCGACCAAACGACCAGAUUAGUUUCGAGAACCUGCAUCUCGCCACGGAACUACCUAACGUCGAGUUGCGGAAGACUCUCUGGGCGCUGGCCAAUGCCCCGAAGCUAAAGCACCAGAUUAUUUUAUGUGACUGUUCUAGUCGAAAUCCGAAAGACUUUACUGACUCGACUCUGUUCUGGCCAAAUCAAGACUUCGUUUUGAUCAAAAGUGGCAAAAUUCAGACGCGUGGACGAGUAAACUUGAUCGGUCGUUUGCAGUUGAGCUUGGAACAGGUUAAGGAGCAUGAACACAACGAAAUUAUACAGCUACGGAUUCUACGUGUUCAGGAAGCUAUUGUGAAAAUCAUGAAGAUGCGCAAGAGGCUUUCGAACGCCCAGCUGCAAACGGAACUCGUCGAAAUGUUGAAACACAUGUUCCUUCCAAGCCGAAAACUGAUCAAAGAACAGAUAGAGUGGCUGUUCGAACAGCGGUAUUUGACGCGCGAUAGCAAAGAUUUCAAUACUUUUAUUUAUCUGUCGUAA